GGUAAACAUUCAAUGUUUUGGUCAUUGACUGCCGUCUGCCGCGGUCUGUGACGCUAUCAAUUAUUAAUUAUCAGUGUUUUCUUUUAAUAUUGAUAAGAUUAACGAUUUUUUUUUUGUAUAUGUUCAUUAUACAAGAACGCGAUACGAAUUUGGUAGGUACGAGGAGUAAGGACAAAAGUCAAUACUCAAUCGCUAUGAAUUCUCAUUUAUUUAGUCUUCCUAUUUUGUACAAUAUAAUAUUUUAAAACGUAAUUUUAUGAAUAAUAAAAUACUCCCAAAAAUAAAUAUAUGUAAGCAAAAAAGUAAAGACUAAACAUAGACUCUUUCAAGAAACUUCAUCUAGUCAUGUAUUUAACACAAAUGUAAUAAAAUGUAUAUUAUUGUAUAAUAUUUUGGAUCUCGAGAAUUCGAUGACAACAAUUGUUGACAUAGGCUAGUUGCAUUAUUGAAACAAUAUGGCAAGUAAUUACAAUCAAGAUGGACAAAUUCCAAUUCCACCUCGCAGAACACGCUCGAUUACUUCAGAUAAAGUACCCUAUGUGGUAGAUGUGGUGGCUGAGAGAUGUAUUGUGCCAGCUAUGGAGAGAAUGUCAAGAAGGGAGCCUAAUAUAGGAGACAGUAUAUCACCUUUAGAUCGCUUAAGAAAUAAUGACAUGUCGGAGAAUGUCGCUAGAAUGGCAUCACAUCUCAAACAGUUGGAGAAAAAAAGGGAUGAAUUAAAAAGACAAUGUACUGCCAUUGAGUCUAUGAAUAGGCAAAGUGAAGUAAAUCGAUUGAUUGAUAAAAACAAAGAACUGAAACAAGACGUUUUUGUAUUAAAAAAUCUAACUUACAGGUUGAAUAGAGAAUUGGAAAAAUGUCAAGAUAAACUCCUAUCAAAAGAUCAAAUUCCUGAAUCUGGGGGUUACAUGCGAGUACAAGAUCCAAAAAAUAUAAAUUGGCGCAGAGAAGAUAUUAAUGCAGUAUCACCGUUGUUAGAAGCAUACCAAACAUCUUUAGAAGAAAAAGAUGUUACCAUUGAAAGCUAUAAAAAUGAACUUGCUCGAUUUUCUUCUAGAAGUAGAGAAAUUGCUGCUGAAAAUGAAAAUCUUUAUCAACAGCUUGAAGAAGCAAAUGAAAAAGUUGAAGUUACAUAUGGAGAAUGGAAAUCAGUAGAGUCUGAAGUAGCUAUGCUAAAAGAACAUAAUGAGUUAUUGGUCAGACAAGCCAAAUUACAUCAAGCAAAAUUACAAGAUUUACUCCGUUCAUAUCAAUCGAGAGUUACUGAGUUGAAUGGCGAACGAGACCAUCUAGCUGAGAAAUAUGAAAAUGCCCGUACAGAGCUUCUUCAUUUGCAAGGUCGUGUGUCUUCAUUAGCUGGAGACUUGAAUCGUAUGAAAACCGAAGAUGAUAAUAAAAUUCCAAUUGCUGUACACACGUCUGCCGUAAACGAGUGUCGAAGACUCUUCGAAGAACUCAAGUGUCGGUAUGAUGACGAACGCGAUACGUUAAUGCGAAGGUUGAUAACGUUUGAAGAGGAAAGGCCUACACUUGAUAUCAGAAUCGUUACUUUGACCACCGAAUUAAAUCAACAGCGGUCCAUCAACAAAGCUUUGGAUUUACAAUGCUCGCAGUUGAAAGCGAAAUGUGACGCGUUGGAAAAACACUUGUUCGAUUGUGAGUCAGAAAAGAACACUAAUAAGAAACAGUUGGCGGAUGCUAUGGUGUUCCUGCGCGAAACUAUCAACGAACAGGAAGCACUUUUGCGCCGUGCGGCCGGUGAUGGUCGGAACGACGCUUCGGCCGCCGUGUUGAGUGCCUCCAUAAGUGCUCGGGUGAAAGCCCUCACCGAACACCUUAAGUGCGUUGAACAAGGUGCGCAUCAAGAAGUGAACCGUUUGAGCGGCCGCCUGUACGAACAAUCUAUUGAGCUGGAAAGAAUGAAGAAGACAUACGAGAACGAGAUUAACGCACUGAACAACGCUCUUCUACAGAAGCAAAGCGUUAUAGACUCAAUGGAUGCGAACCUGGAGAGAUAGCAAUGGUGCCCUUGCGCCGCUUGGUCUUCGUCGUGGUGCCGUAGUCUUAGUCAGUACAUAUUAAGAAGGGUAUGAAUAGAUGUUGUAAUAAUAUGGGAAAAGCCAAAUAAUAAUUAAAAUAAUAUCUAUAUACAUAUAAAUAUGUAAUAUAUAUAUAUAGCUUUAUAAAGACUUUUAAUCAAAAAAAAAAAAAAAUAUAUAACUUAACCUCAAAGAAUUAAAGUGUGUUCGUAUGAAAUAUGUAUUUUAAGUAUUUUAUGUUAUAAUAUGUAUUAUUAUCACUAUAAUUAUUAUUAUUAUAAAAAUUUCGUUAUGUAGUUGUAGGAUUUUCAAAAAAUACUUCAUGAGAAAACGGAUAUGAUAACAGUUUGGUUAUAUAUUGGUAUUUAUUAUUAUAUGUACAACAUAUCUAUAUGAUAAUUAAAAGUAUUUACAUUAAUAAAAAUAAAAAUAAAAAUAGAAAAUAUAACUCAUCAUUAUUAUAUAAAUCUUUUAUUAAAUUUUACAGGGUUAUUUGACUAGGAAGAAUAAUGAUGUCAUACUGACAUCAUAUUAUGACGUUAAUGUAUACAGAGUGUAUCAUAGAGAUAUGACAAUUUUACAGAGAAAAAAUACAUUUUAACAUCAUGUCAGUUCCCCGAUGUACACCCGACCUAUCAUGCUAGAUAGCCAGUAGAGUUUUCUUGGAGUUGAUAUAAUAUAUCGCGUUGUGGUAGUGGUAUUAUAAUAAUAUUAUACUUAGCAAAUGCUCUAAGAAGAAUACUCGAUACCUGUAACUAUUGGGAUGUGAAUACGUAUGAUCGAUCAGACGCAAUAUCGAUGGUAACAUAGCAAAAUGGUCUAAGCUUUAAAUAACACUUAUAGGAAGCACGUAAUAGCUUUUACCAAUGGAUGGAGUCAUGGAGAAAAAUAUGUUUCUUUUAAUGCGUAAGUGCGAAAAUAGUUGUCUUCAUUUUUUUUGAUCUAAAUAAAAUUUUGGUAAUAAACGACGGUAAAGUCAAUUUGUUUUCGAGGGAAGUAUGAAAACUGACAAGUAACAGUUUAUUUAAGGGAUGAAACAAAUAGAAAGCAAAGUUCUUAUUUUCAUAUAAUAAAUAAGUUAUAAAAGACGUACAAAUGAAAAAGAUAUUUUACUAAAAAUGAUCCCAAUUCCUAAUUAAAAAAGUUAUUUAUUAUCAACAAUGUUUUUGGCUCCUUGAAAACUAUAGGAAAUAUUUUGCUAUAUUAGGCCAAUUUGCCAAAUAACCAUCGAUAUAAUAUUAAAACGAAUGCGAUUUUAUGCGUGUAGCUAGUACCUAAUGAUAGUUAUUGAAAAGUUGUGGUAAAGUCAUAAUAAUCACAAUAGAAUAUUGUAAUAUUAAUCCAAUGAAAACUAUAAUAGUCGUGAUCCCACACCUCUCGCGACACCGGAAAAUCAAAAAUGUUUAACUUAACCAGCCGGUGGUGUACCGCCGCCGAAUUUAUUAGGUAGAUAGAUAAUAUUAAUUGUCGGUAUGAUUCUUUUUUCUUUGUAUUUAUGAUCAGCGGCAGGACAGCAGUUAUUUGUAAUAUUUUAUUUAUUAUUUGUAUCCGUUAUUAUAUAAUCAUCAUCAUUAUAUUAUUAUUUUAUUACUA